AAGAUACCAAAACGGAACGCACUAACCACAGAAUAUCAAAAGAGUGCCAUCUACCCCCAGCCUAUGCAUUUGCAACCGCGUUCAAACCGCGUGACGAAAUAAUAAAAGCAGCGCGCUGGCUGAAUCGCCUGCAUUCGAGACAGCGCGGGCACGCGCCACGAUUCGAAAGAAAAAACUUUUCCAAAUUCAAACUUUUCUUUUUAAACCAGUGUUCUAAAACUACAAACACGUUGCGUUCAAGUGCCAGUGUGUACAUCGUAGAGACUUUGGCGUGUGACUUGAUAUUUCAUUUUAAAGCUCCCAAGGCCAAGAUGACUCUAGAACAGCCAGCUGGUGAGAUGUGGCAGAAGAUCCGGGAGGAGCUAAACGAGAAAGCAGACACUAAGGAUGCUGACCUGGCCCAUAUUAAGGAGUGGCUCACGAAGGAACCUCAUCUUCCUGAUGAGUUCGAUGACCAGCGUAUCAUGACCUUCCUUCGCGGCUGCAAGUUUUCCCUGGAGAAGACCAAGCGUAAACUGGACAUGUACUUCACCAUGCGUUCGGCCGUGCCCGAGUUCUUUACCGACCGCGAUGUCUCCCGCCCAGAGCUCCAGGAGAUCCUCAAUAUUGUGCAAAUGCCGCCUCUGCCUGGCCUUACUCCCGAGGGUCGCCGUGUUAUCCUAAUGAGAGGCAUAGACAAAGACAUCCAAACCCCGAACGUGGCCGACGCAUUCAAGCUGGCGCUCAUGCUGGGAGACGUGAGGCUGAAUGAGGAGAAGGAGGGAGUAGCCGGAGACGUUUACAUCCUCGACGCUUCCGUGGCCACGCCUACACACUUCGCCAAGUUCACGCCAACGCUGGUGAAGAAGUUCCUCGUGUGUGUACAGGAAGCCUACCCAGUCAAACUGAAGGCAGUCCAUGUGAUCAACGUGUCGCCAUUGGUCGACAAGAUCGUCAACUUCGUCAAACCUUUCAUCAAGGAAAAGAUCAGAGACAGGAUUCAUCUCCAUUCUGAUAUCAAUGAUCUCUACAAUCACGUUCCUAAGGAAAUGCUUCCUACAGAAUACGGUGGCAACUGCGGCUCCAUGAAUGAUCUACAUAAUUCAUGGGUGAAGAAACUGGAAGAGUACAAAGAAUGGUUCGCUGAGCAUGAAAAUAUUAAGGCGGACGAAUCACUCCGGCCAGGCAAGCCCACCAACUACGAUGAGCUCUUUGGCAUCGACGGUUCCUUCCGUCAACUCGUCAUCGACUGAUCAGUGACGUAGACGUAGUCCUUGCUGAAAGCGACAUAUGAUCUCCAAAAGCGAC